AUGGCACGCCGCUCUCGCAACGCCAAUUACCAGUUAUCCAGCGACAGCGACUAUUCCGAGAGAGAAAGCAUCGAAGAUAAUCGAUCAGACACUGAUCUGACUGAGCCUGAGGAUAAGGCAGAUCAACCACGCAAUACUAGCGAUGCGGCCUUACUCUUCCCCGACAACGAACACUCACCGGAGUACUACAUCGGGCAACUUAGGAACUUUGACGAGAUAGCCUACACACAGGAAGACUAUGGCAAAGGCACUACUGCUCUGCUCGACGUCAUUGAGGGAAAAUGGUCCUAG